UGAGCCCCGAAGACCUGGCCGAGGUAGAUCCUGUCGCGGCAAGUUCCUGCGCGAGCUGCGCGAAUUGGCCGCGCACAAGGCGCGCAUCGCACAGGAAACACUCUGUCGCCCGAGUCAAAGGCGCAGCACAUGCAGAAUUUGUCGCUGAACCUGUGCAACGCGAACGCCAACGCCGGCCCCGUUGUCAGACUGGAGGACCUCGCCAUCACGUUCACCUACUCGCCCUCGUCGAAAGUGUUUGGCUUCACGUGCACCGAUCUCGUGCAGAAUGGCGCUGAUAUCGAGGUGAGCUGGACAAUGUGGAAGAGUACAUAGACAGCACGACCAAGUUCUGCGUGGACAAGGGUUUGGCGCGACAGAUGGAGGCGUUUGAAGCGGGCUUCAGCCGCGUGUUUCCGCUCAGCAAGCUGCGCGCGUUCACGCCGACAGAGGUGCGCGUCAUGAUCUGCGGCGACCAGAAUCCGCAGUGGACCCGCGACGAUCUCCUCAGCUACACUGAGCCGAAGCUCGGCUACACGCGC